GCUAAAAUCAGUUCGGAAUUGAUUUCGAGAAAUCGAGCAUGGCAAAGUUCGUCAUACUUUUGGCAGUUUUGGCCAUCAGUACUCAGGUGAUGGCCAAACCGACGUCUAAAAAUUGGUGGUCAAAGUUCGAGGCUAAAAUCACGUCCGCUAUCAAGAAGAUUGAAAAAGCGGUAAAAAAAGCGGCAAAGCAUCAUGCUGCCGAAGAAUUGAAAACUUCAGAAACAUCGAGUGCCAAUGAAGUUACACUGACCGGAACAUCCGACUCUUCCUCCGCAGGCAGUGGAAGCGAAUCUGAAAAAAAUACCGCAAGCGAUAAUGUCAGCGAUUCCAACGUUGACUCCAACUCAGCAAAGAUCUCCGAUUCCGCGAAGAGUAGCUCUUCCGAUACGUCUAAUGAUCAAUCUACAGCAUCUCAAAGCGAAAAUCAAUCAGGCACUAGUUCCGAGACGAACUCCGAAACUUCAUUAAAGUCUAAUUCUCAAUUCCAAACCCAAUCCCAAUCCCAAUAGAAUCAACACUCCGAUCCCGAAUAGAGGACGGUUUUCAGCCAAGUUUUCGUAUCAUGAUCCGAAUCUCCAUGUUUUGAAUUUUUUCAGAACUAUCGAUGCCAGUCGAAGCUGGAGUGAACAAAUUCAAAGUUUCAAAUGAUGAAGUUUCGCCCGAAGCGAAGAGAUUUCAACUAAAAUUAUUCUCGUAAUUUUUCAGUGCGUAGCAGUUAAUAUAAUAUGUGCGAUUGUUUACGAUUUAUGAAUAAAACUUCUUCGUUUGCAUCUGCA